AUGGCAUUUUCUCCAACUCCCAUCUCUUCUUUCUCCUUCACCAACCCAACACUGCCCAAAAGGAUUUCUUCAGUACCUUCUGCUGUAAACUCAAAAGGCGUAGCCAAAGAUCUAAUCUUUAACCACGACGGUUCAGCCACAAAGAAGCUUCUGGCAGGCGUGGACAUGGUGGCAGAGCUGGUUGGGGUUACGUUGGGCCCAAAGGGAAGGAAUGUGGUGCUGCAGAAUAAAUAUGGACCUCCCAAGAUUGUCAAUGACGGUGAAACUGUCCUCAAACAGAUUGAGUUGGAGGACCCUGUGGAGAAUGUUGGAGUGAAAUUGGUGAGGCAAGCUGGUGCAAAAACAAAUGAUCUGGCUGGAGAUGGUUCCACUACAGCUGUAAUUCUUGCUCAUGGCUUAAUCACUGAAGGUGUGAAGGUAACUGCAGCUGGCUUGAACCCCAUUCAAAUUGCUCGUGGCAUUGAGAAAACUGCGGCGGCCCUCGUUUCUGAACUCAAAUUGAUGUCCAGAGAGAUUGAGGAUCAUGAGCUUGCACAUGUUGCUGCAGUUAGUGCAGGCAAUGAUUAUGCUGUGGGGAAUAUGAUUUAUGAUGCUCUUCUUCAAGUAGGAAAGAAUGGUGUGGUUACUAUUGAACAAGGGAAAUGUACAGAGAACAAUCUACAAAUUGUGGAAGGAAUGCAGUUUGAUCGUGGAUACUUAUCCCCUUACUUUGUCACUGAUAGAAGAAGAAGGAUAGUGGAGUUUCAAAACUGUAAGUUACUUUUGGUCGACAAGAAAAUUACAAACCCGAAGGAGAUGUUUAAAUUAUUGGACAAUGCAGUGCAAGAAAAGUAUCCAAUGGUGAUAGUUGCAGAGGGCAUUGAGCAGGAAGCUCUAGCUCCAGUAAUUAGAAACAAACUCAGAGGUGUGCUGAAAGCAGCUGCUAUUAAAGCUCCUGCCUUUGGUGAGCGCAAAAGCCACUACUUAGAUGACAUUGCCAUCUUGACUGGAGGAACCGUAGUAAGAGAUGAGAUGGGGAUUAUCCUAGAAGAUGCUGGCAAGGAGGUUUUGGGUACUGCUACUAAGGUUGUGAUAACUAAGGAUUCUACAUUGAUAGUUACCGAUGGUAGCACUCGAGAAGCUGUUGAAAAGAGGGUUUCUCAGAUACAAAAGCUUGUUGAGAACACUGAAGAAGAAUUUCAAAAGAAGAUAUUAAAUGAAAGAAUAGCAAGAUUAUCAGGGGGAGUUGCUAUUCUGCAGGUAGGAGCACAAACACAAGUUGAGUUAAAAGAUAAACAACUUAGAAUCGAAGAUGCUUUGAAUGCGACCAAGGCAGCAAUUGAGGAAGGUGUUGUAGUUGGUGGUGGCUGCAGUCUUCUGAGGCUCUCCCAAAAGGUGGAUGGUAUUAAAGAACUUUUGGAUAAUGAAGAACAGAAGAUCGGAGCAGAAAUCUUCAAGAGAGCUUUAAGCUAUCCUGUAAAACUGAUAUCAAAAAAUGCAGGUGUAAAUGGAAAUGUUGUAGUAGAGAAGAUUCUAUCUAACGAUAAUAUGGGGUAUGGAUAUAAUGCUGCCAAAGACUGUUACGAGGACAUAAUGAAAGCUGGGAUCAUGGAUCCAUCAAAGGUUGUUAGAUGUUGUUUGGAGCAUGCAGCCUCAGUCGCCAAAACUUUUCUGACAUCCGACGCUGUUGUAGUCGACAUUAAGGAAACACAGCCCUUUCCAAGAAGAGUGCCACCAAAACUGCCCAAUAUCCCAAGAAGAACGCCACCAGAACUGCCCAAUAUUCCACGAAGAAUGCCACCAGACCUGCGCAAUAUCCCAAGAAGAAGGCCAACACCAAUGUCCAUGUCCAUGCCAAACUCAGGUAGCUCCUGCCUUCCAAACAAAGGGUUUUGUUUCUCUGAUUUUCCUGUCUCACUUUGA